AUGACUUUAGCUCUUCUUUCAACUCCUGAAGAAAUAAAGAAAGAUCGCAAGCGUAUGAACGAUGUUCUUGAUCAAUUAUUACAAAUUGUUGUUGAUACAUCGCAAUCAAAAGAAUACACAGCUCAUGGAUUUCAUAUUUCAGAACCAUUGAUUGUCUUAGUGAAAUUGAUUUGUUAUGACCGUACGUUGGAUUAUAUUUUACAUCAUGCACAAGUCGAUUUCGGUGAAGAGAAAGAAGAACCAAUUGUAAAAUUCUUUAUUGAUAUCUUCUUAAAAUAUUAUUCAAUUGUUAAAGACGAUAAUCCAAUGAAAGUACCUACAUGCACCGCCCUCGUGAACAUUCUCUGGAGUGUAUCACUUCGACCUCAAUACAAAGAGGAAUUACAGUCAAAUCAGGAAUUGAAAAAACUAAUAGAAAAGACUAUCAACGACAAACAAGACGAUCAGCCGUCUACAUACUAUGUACCGCGUUAUAUCGAAAAUAUACAAAAAGCGGCUCAAGGCAUUCUCUGUAACAUUAGUGAUCUAUCAAAGGAAACUGAUAAGUUAGAACGACGAAAUAUAUUAGGCCUGCGUGCGUUAGUCCUUAAUAUGAUGUCAGAAUCAGCGGAUAGUACAACUGAUCCGAAACCACGGAAACCUAGCAUCAUGAUCAGUUAUUCACACGGAGAUAACGAGGUCUGCACUCAACUAUAUAAUGAAUUAGCAAAGAGACAUGAGGAGUUUGAUAUUUGGAUUGAUCGUAAAUAUUGUAAAACCGGAUAUCUAUGGGGUAAAAUAGCUGAUGGUAUAGCAGAGGCAAGUGUUGUUUUAUGUAUAUUAUCACAAAAAUACUACGAAAGCAAAUCAUGUCAACAGGAAUUCGUUUAUGCACAUGAUCAUCUGAAGAAACAGGUGAUACCGGUGUUUAUAGAACAGGAUAAGCCACCUGGUUGGAUCGGUAAGUAUUUGCAGUAAUGCCCGAGUUACUUAUAAGUGAGCUUUGAACUGAACUUCCGUAGAAUAGAGACAACUAUGCGAGAAAUACGUUUUCUAUUAUUGCGAACAAUUACACAACAUAAUGAGAUUUUAGUACUCUCUCAAAAAAGAUGUCAUAGUGAACUUAUUAGAAUUUUAGAUUUUGUAAGCAUUUUUCCUACCCUUUUAAGGUUCUAGUAAGAUAUGGUUCCAUCUGUAACAUUUUACUCUUCUUCCGAAAACAGUUCUACUCUGCUAAAAAGGAGUCCAUCCAACACACUUAUACUAGUACUGCUGAUUUGGUCAAAGGUUCUUUCUGCCAAUCUCGCUAUGUAAAACGAACCAAUUUAAAUUACUUUUCAGCAAGACCGAGUACGCUUUUUAUUUAAUUCCCUAAACUCUAUGUCUAACCCUGCAUACUGCACCCUCUCUUAAGGCUAUGCUUAACCCUUCAUUCUAUAUCUAACGCCGUUAUUUCAAUCCCUAACGACUCAAUUCUAUGUCUAACCUCUGGAUUCUAUGUCUAAUUCAUUACUUGUAUCAUUAACUCCUAAUAAUGUAUCUCACCCUUUAUUAAAAUAUCUAACUUUUGAUUCUAUAUUUAACCUUUAAUUCUAUUCUUAACCUCCUUAUUCUUUUUUCUAAUCCCUUAUUUGUACGCCUAAUCCGUCUCGCUUUUGCAUGAUCCUGUAUUUGCAAACAUGCGUGAAUACAAACACAAUUUGUAGUGUCACGGAUUUAUGCACUUCUGGCCACAAUGCAAGUGGCACACCGUAGUAGGAGAAACAACUUAAAAUUUUUCCUUUACUACAAAGGGAUACAAAGUUUACGCCCCCCGCCCCACCAAAAGGCACUACAAGGGACAACAAAUUCUGCAAAGAGUAUAGCUGUGGGAUGUGGAUACAGAUAUAUAAAUGUGCAUACCUUAGUGUGAAAAAAGAGAUUACCCCAUUCCACCCAUACACCCAUCCCCAUCCCAAUCUAGAAUAUGCACAAUUUGGGUUUCAUUGUAGUCUUGUGUAGUC